AUGUCGGACGCUAAGGCGGUGGAGGCCCAGCUCCAGGCUGACUCGAUCACGCAGAUCGCCAAUGUCAGCACUUUGCUCCGAAAGGCCAUUGCGGCCGCCAUUCCAGUUGCCCCGGAGCAGUACUUGACUAUCGCGAUUCCCGGCACGACCAUCGAUGUGCGGGACAUCAAGGAUGGCGGCACUUUCAUCUAUGGUGCCGAGUAUUCCGCCUUCCCACCCAUGGCUGUCAGCCAGGCCGAAGCUCGGCUUGUCGACAACAUGAUUCCGUUGGCAAACAUCAUGAUCGGAAAUACCGGCAAGAGCGUUUCCAGGAGCUACAGUCGCGCUCUGGACGGUCUUGUGCCCAAGAAGGCCACCGUCAAGUCGGGCGGCGUCAACCCAAUCCGUAGCCCAGGAGAGCUUGGAUACGAUGCUGCCAUGAAGUACUUGACCACCGUCGACGAGGAGACGGGAUUGACGCCCGUGGACAGCUAUGUCGAAAAGCAGGAGGCUUGGGCCCAGGCUCAGGAUGCCUGGGACAAGGCGAAGAUCAAGGCGCAGAAGGAUGCAAAGACCAAGUAUCCCAGCGACGUCGUUCUGCAGCGUCAAGACUAUGACGAAUGGAACCAAGCAAACUAUCGCAAGUACAAGUUUGCCGUGCAAGGCAAGUGGAUGGACUGGGUGACCAACGGGCACAAGUACGACGUUGAGUUCAACUUCGGCAUGGUCGACACCGAGUCCAUCAUGGCCCGCGUCGAGAGCAGCAAGGAGUCGAUGCGAAACUCGACCAUGGUGGACGCCGACGGCGCCAACGAGAUCCUCGGCGUCGUCCUGACGCCCAAGAACUGGGCCUCGCUUUGCAAGCAGAAGCAGGAGGGCUGGUUCAAGCGCAACGGCGAGUACACGGUCGAGCAGCUCGAUGCCGAGAUCCGCCGCCUCGAGCGGCUCCAGACGUCGUAUGAGGUACUAAAGAGCGUCACCACGGACGUGACGCCGCCCACCUUCCCCAUCUCCAAGCCCGACGACGUCAAGCCAGCUGUGGACCAGGCAACGGCGAAGACGAACCUCUCAACCGCCUAUAAGGCACUGUACGCUGCCGAGGCUGCCAUGGGCGACCAGGCAGCCAUCCUGCGGUCCAAGAAGACCGACGACGAUAGGAAGGCCGUCACCGACAGCCAGGCGUACAAGGACGCCGUGGCCGGCCUUCCAAAGGCAAGAGGGGACUUGGCGGACGCUCUCAAGGCGGACACGGCCUCGCACGCCGCCUGGACCAAGUACAACAUUGCCUCCUUGCAAGGUGAUGCCAAGGAGUCCAUGAGCAAGUGGCUGGACGGCACCAUUGCAACGAUUGGGGACCAGAUCAGUGCCCUCCAGGCAAAGCGGGCCGACAAGCUGACAACCCAGCCCAUCAAGGUGAGCGCGAUCGCGUCGGGCGUCGCCGAAAAGGGCGCCACGGGUACUAUCGUGGCGGCCGAUGGCUCCGAGUUAGCGGACCCGCUAUUUGAUGUGCCACUGCCCUCGUCGGCGGCCGGGACUGGCGGCUCCGGUGGCGGCGGGACGACACCUGCUGCCGGCUCCGAGAGCGACCCGUGGGUCACCAUCUCUGCCUCGUUCUCGGCCACGGACCAGAAGUCAACGGCCGAUAGCAGCAGCUGGGGCAUGUCGGUGGGCGGCGGCGCCGGCUGGGGCCUCUGGUCGGUCGGCGGCAGCUACGCGCACGACGAGUCCAAGAGCAGCAGCACGAGCGACAUGGCCAGCUGCGACGUCAGCGUCACCUUCGACGCCCUCGUCGUCAACGUCAACCGGCCCUGGCUCUACGCCGAGCUCUUCAACGACUUCGAGCUCGACGUCGCCGACAACAUCUACCUCAGCCCCGGCGCCCAGGACCUGCACCGCCUCAUGGCCCAGCAGAGCCUCGAAUCGACGGAUCCUAAGGAGGUGGCCAAGGCCAACAGCGCCGUCGUCAACGAGCUGGCCCAGUACAACUCGUUCCCUGCCUUCCCCACGAGUUUCAUCGUGGCGGCCAACACCAUCAUUGAGUUCCACGGCGACACGCAGCACAUCGAGGACACCUUCAGCUCCGAGUCCAACUCGGGCUCCAUGUCGGUUGGCUGGGGACCCUUCUCCGUCAGCAGCAGCUUCCACCAGGCGUCGUCGUCUCAGUCGCACCAGAUGCAGACCACGGCCACCGGCUGCCGCCUGACCUUUGGCGCGCCCCAGGUCGUCGGCUGGGUCAGCCAGAUCCUGCCCGCACUGCCGAGGAAGCCUGGCUUCGAGCCCAUGGUGCAGAACAUCGUGCCGAACCGAGUGUAA